CUUCCUCAUACUAGAAUACCUCUCCCAAACUUUUUGCGCGCUGCUAUCUCAGGCAGCCCCAAGCACCGCCGCGCCGCGCGACUACACGACAGCCCCCCGCACCACCGCCGCGCGCCCGCGCGCCCCUCAGCCAGCCACCACGGGGUUCUUCGGCAGCUCCAGGCCCAAGCCCAAGCCCAACAUGCUCUUCGAGGAGACCGAGGCCGAGCCCACGGGCCCGGACCUCCGGCCCGAUACCGAGUUCAUGUGGUACUGGGAGGAGGACGGCCAUCGGGUGAAGAACCAUCACACCUGGGACAAGCAGGGCAACUUCAUUGCCUAUCCGCCGAAGGUGUCGACGUACCUCGAGCAGCAGUGGACGACGGGCCAAAGUGCGGACAACCUCCAGAUCACUUACAAGCCCUUCCACUCGCACACGGGCUUCUCCUACAAGGUCUGCUUCCAGGACAUGAACCAGAUCAAUAAAGGGACCGGGUAUCGCAGAAAAAUUAUGCGGCGCCAGAACCCGAACUACGUCGCGCCCAUCGCGUCGGCGGAACCGGUCAUGGCCACAGCAGUACCUAUUGAAGAAGGCAUGGGCGGGCUAGCCGUCAGCAACUUUGGGGGCCUACCGCAGCCUCCGGAGGAUCUAUUUUCCUAUGCCUUGCAGUCCAUCUCCCUGAAGGACUUCGAGGCCAAGACCAAGGGCACGAACCUGGACCACUCGUCCAAGGCCAUGGGCGGCACGUUGUUGACGUGGGCCGCGGAGUUCCACCGGGUCGAUUUGUGCCAGUCGCUCUUGGAUAGAGGUGCCGAUGCGAAUUCUAGGGACUGGACGACGGACCAGUCCGCUUUAGGCUGGGCGACGUCGACGCCCGUGCACGGCGAGGAGAUGCCGCCCUGCGACCGCGCGGCCACGCUCGCGCUAUUGAAGGCGCGCGGGGCGCGCUAGACCACAUCCCUCCCCGUCAUCGAGAAGACAUCCCCGUUCCUUUUCCUAAUUUCUUUUUGAGUC